AUGCUUCAAAGGCGUGGAAACAAGCUCAACGAGAUACUUUGUGAGUUAAAUUUUAAGAAGUGCUCUAAAGAACCAUCUGUAUAUCGAAAGGAGGUCGGUGAGCGUCUUGUGGUGGCUGUAUACGUCGACGAUUUGUUUGUUACAGGAACAAACAAAGAUAUUAUCAAUCAGUUUAAAAAGGAGAUGACCACAAACUUUGAUAUGAGUGACUUGGGAAAUCUAACAUAUUACUUGGGAAUUGAAGUCUGUCAACAUGAGGAGGGGAUUACUUUGAACCAGAGGCGAUAUGCUCUAAAGAUCCUUGAGGAGGCUGGCAUGAACGACUGCAAUCCUGUACACAUCCCAAUGGAGACAGGAUUAAAGUUGUACAAAGCUUUGAAAGAAGAAAGGAUUGAUGCCACUAGCUACAGGAAGAAUGUUGGCUGUCUGCGUUACUUACUGCAUACGAGACCGGACUUAUCGUAUUGUGUGGGUGUGUUAAGUCGCUAUAUGCAGGAUCCUAGGACUUCUUAUGGAGCUGCUAUGAAGAAGUGUUUAAGAUACUUGAAGGGUACGGUCAAUCUUGGUCUAACAUUUGGUCGUGAAAGAACAAGGGUACCACAGUUAGUAGUAUAUAGCGAUAGCAAUCACAAUGUUGAUCCUGACGAUGGCAAGAGCACUACAGGACACAUAUUUUACCUUGGAGAGAGCCCGAUCACUUGGUGCUCACAGAAGCAGGACACUGUUGCUUUAUCAUCAUGUGAAGCUGAAUUUAUGGUCACCAUUCGGAUAGACAAUAAAUCAGCUAUUGCUCUGACGAAAAAUCCAGUCUUCCACGAGCGUAGCAAGCACAUUCACACCAGGUAUCACUUUAUCAGGGAAUGUGUGGAGAACGGACAAGUGGAGGUGGUUCAUAUCCCCGGAAGUGAGCAGAAGGCGGAUAUAUUAACCAAGGCACUCGGAAGGAACAAAUUCAAGGAAAUGAGGGAGCUCAUUGGUAUGAGAGAAAUUGCCGAAGAUGACUUCAAACUUAGGAGAGAGAAUGUUGGAUAG